AUGACAUUAAAAGAUAUUUCUAAAUUCGAACGGUUGAACGCGGUGUCGAUCAAUGUAUAUGGUAUCGAGAAUAAACAAGUCCUUCCUCUACGGCUCACCAGUGACAAGAAGGAGAAACGCGUUAACGUGCUGUACAUGCAAGAUCCACGCGACGACAGUGUCGGCCACUUUGCGUGGAUAAAAAAUCUGUCCCGUCUCGUAAGAUCGCAAAUUAGGAACAAGAAAUUUUUCUGCGACCGUAAAUGCUUGCAUUACUUCGGUACAAAUGAGAAAUUGCAGUUGCACGUAUUGGACUGUAGGAAAAUCAAUGACUGCGCUAUCCGAUUGCCGAGCGAGGACGAAAAGUGGCUCGAAUUUGGGAAACACUGCAACAAGGAGCGCAUCCCAUUCGUCGUCUACGCCGACCUGGAAUGCGUUUUACGGAAGACGGAACCCAACAAGGAAUACAUGUCGUCAUCGUACGCGUAUUAA